AUGAGCGCGGCCGGCGGUAUCGGGGCACAGCACAUGUUGCGGAACGUGCGGGGUGAGGGGCCCGGGGGACGGGAAACCAGGGACGGCGUCAGCACACCGGCUUACCACACGCACACAGGCGCACACCAACACGACCUCGGAGCGUCAUUCCUUAUCGAAGCCAUCUUUGAACGAGCACGCUGCACGCUACCCGAGCGACGAUUGCUAUUUAACGCUGUUGCUAUGAUGGCCGCCACUGCAACUUCAAUCCGUCCAAAUAGUCUUCAAGGUUAUAAUUACCAGUCGAACCGCUGA